CGAUAUAAUAAUGUUUUCCUUUUUAACUACAAAUACAAGUCACUUAAAAAAAAAACCAGGAACAAUAGCAAUACUCAACUCAUAAAAACUUUUUAAUAUUAUUAAUUAUACCAUCAUGUUAAAUCGAUGUCAAAACAAAUUUGCUUUCUCAAAAUUGAAUUGGUACAUCUCAGCUCUAAAAAUAAAUGUACCAAAAAGAAUACUAAUUUCAACGUUAACAAAAUGUCAAUAUCGAACGACAACCUUAUUAGAAUCAACAAUUCCUGAUAAAAACAUUGAAAUAUCAACAACUGUAUUACCAUCAGUUUUAGUACCACCUUUGGAUCGGCCAACGCAAUUAAAUAGUGUUCAGCUAGUAGAUCCCCGAGAAUAUCGACAUUGUUCCGGAUUUAAUAAGCAUAGUGGACAACAAUGCAAAUACAUUCUAAAAGUUGAUCCUUCUAUUCCACUAUCAGAACGUAUGUAUUGUUACCGUCAUUAUUCAAAGAAUCAUAAAGAUCGAAAUAGGUACGAAUCUGUAGUAGUGACUAAAGCUAAUCGAUUAAAAAAACCGACAAAAUUAAAAAGAAAUAAAGCAACACCUUCUGUGAAUACAGUAAAUAUAUCCAAUAAGCUUUACGAUUGCUGGAAUUUGUGGAUUGCAGAGAAUAUAAAAGAUGAACAACGAGCCUUAAUUCGUCAGGAAAUACAAAAACCUAUAUCCAAACGUGAAAAGUCCGGUUAUAUUUAUGCAUAUUUACAUGAUGAAGACUUAAUAGUAUCCGAGCAUGCAUAUGCAUAUUUUAAAAUUGGUCGUACAACAGAUCCGCAUCGACGUAUGUACCAAAUACACCGAGAUUGCCAGUAUAUACCCAAGAUUAUUGAACUGUUCCCGAGCUUUCCCGAACCGUCUGAUACUUCACUCAUGGAAAAUAAUCUGGAACCUUUGAAACAUAAAUUAGAUGAAUUGCCAAAAUGCCCAUUGUCACAUAGAGUAGAGAGACUUAUACAUUUAGAAUUAUCAAGUUUAUAUCAAAAGGUAAUGUUUACAUGUCCUAAAUGUGGGAAAAAGCAUAGAGAAUGGUUUCGCGUCAAAAGAACUAAACAUCCUGAUGGAAGAUUAAUGACUGACCAAGAACUUUGGCUAUUAAACAUCAGGCCAGUUAUAUUACGAUGGAUACAAUUUGGGGUUCUUGCCUCAGAAUUAAAAAGGAUAUAGAUUUGGAUAUAUAUAUAUAUAAUAGUUAUUCAAAUUUACAUUACUAUUAUUUUAUAUGUGUAUAGAUAAUAAAAAAAAAAAAGAAUAGAACGAUCUAUUUAAAGUGAUAAAAUAAAAUCACAAAAAGUAUUAAAAUAAGGAAAGAAAGAGUGAAGGGGAAUACUGUUAAGUGAUUAUCGUACAGAAAAAAAAAUAUAAAGUAUAUAAAUAUAUAUAUGUGUGUGUGUCGUAAAAU